CUCCGUUAACACAACAUCGACCCAUCCUCGAUCACUGCAGGUCUUCACUUCAAUCGUCUGGUCGCACAUGGCUGCCUAAAGUUGCUCGACUACAAAUACACUCGAGAUCCUCGUACCUCUUGCUCCAUCUCCUUCGACACUCCCCAUCAAUACCAUGUCUUUACAGAACACGCAUUUCGAGGAUAGCGAGGACGAGGACGACUUCAAUCCCCAGCAGGCAGAUAUUUCGGAUAAUGAAGAUGCGGGCGGUUCUGACCACGAUGAUGACGCUGGUGCACAAAUACGGAAUGAAGCUUCAAGACGCUCUACAAAUGCGGACGAUGGCUCCGAUGAUGAGCAACCUGCGCCUUCGAGGCGAAGAUCUUCUGCGGACCAAAAUGAUGGUGAUCAGGAUGAAGACGACGAAGAUGCUGAGGGUCCAGGAGAGGAUGUAAACGCUGGCGCAGACGACGAUGACGAGGAGGACGAUGACGAUGAAGAAGAGGAGAUUACGGGCCACCGCAGAAAACGCCGUCGUGAACGCCGCAAUCAGUUCCUCGAUGUCGAAGCCGAGGUUGACGAAGAUGAAGACGAGAACGACGACGAUGAGGACGAGCUCAAUGAAAUCAAGGACAAUUUUAUAGCGGAUACCCACCCCGAUGAUCUCGCAGACCUACCUGCUGGAGGAGUGUUUGACGAUAAGAGACAUCGCGAACUCGACCGUAGGCGCGAGAUGGAGGCAAGUCUGGAUGCUGAGAAACAGGCCGAGAUACUGCGACAAAGAUAUGCCAACAAGAAUAGGUCUGGCAGAGGUGCUGGAGAUUCUGCGGUCGUACCCAGACGUUUGCUUCUCCCAAGUGUUGACGACCCGAGUAUCUAUGCUGUGCGCUGUAAGGAGGGAAAGGAACGAGAGGCAGUUUUCUCCAUAAUGAAGCGUGUGGAGGAAAGAACCGGGACCCGGGAUGAGCUUGCGAUUACUUGCGCAUUCGAGCGAGGUGGUACACACUCGACGAUGAAAGGAUUCAUUUAUGUGGAAGCCCAGCGCCAAGCGGACAUUUUGACCGCACUGGAUGGAGUAAUGAACGUGUACCCUCGAACGAAGAUGAUGUUGGUGGAGAUCAAGGAGAUGCCAGACUUGCUCAGAGUCACUAAGACGCCAUCAUUGGAACCGGGAGCCUAUGUUCGACUGAGACGCCCUGCGAAGUACGUAGGUGACCUUGCUCAGGUUAUUGAUGUUACCGACACGGGAUUAGAAGUUCGGGUCAGGUAUGUGCCACGUCUGGACUAUGGUCUCCACGAGGAUGCAAACGCCCCUCAAGAUCUUGGUGGCAAGAGAAAACGAGCUGCUGCUGGACCAAGACCACCGCAGAGACUUUUCAGUGAAGUUGAGGCAAAGAAACGACACGCCAAAUAUUUACAAGGACGAUCCGAUACUAAAAUGUGGAAUUACCUUGGCGACGACUAUGUCAAUGGCUACUGCGAAAAGGAGGUCAAGAUCCAAACUCUGAUCACCAAAGAUGUCAAUCCAACUCUAGAGGAGGUCACGAGAUUUGCUUCAGGCGCUGAGGAUGGAACAGAGAACCUGGAUCUUAACGCACUUGCUGCCAGCUUGAAAGCUAGUACCGCAAAUGCAUCAUAUCUGCCUGGAGAUGUGAUCGAAGUAUACGAAGGAGAACAAAAGGGUGUUGUAGGAAAAGCAGUCUCCGUUCAGGGCGAUAUCGUUACCCUAGCUGUUCAGGAAGGCGAUCUGAGGGGCCAGACAAUCGAAGUGCCUGUAAAAGGUCUACGAAAACGAUUCAAGGAGGGUGAUCACGUUAAGGUCAUUGGUGGAAGCCGAUUCAGAGACGAAGUGGGCAUGGUCGUUAAGAUUUCCGAGGACCGUGUUACUCUUUUGACCGAUCAGAGUAAUACUGAGGUCACUGUCUUCAGCAAAGAUCUCCGAGAGGCCAGUGACUCGGGCGGUGGUGGAUCGCUCGGUCAGUUCGAGCUCUGGGAUUUGGUUCAGCUCGAUCCAUCCACAGUUGCUUGCAUUGUGAAAGUUGAUCGUGAGUCACUGGUUGUUCUCGACCAAAACAACCAAGUCCGAACUAUUCUCCCAUCUCAAAUAUCGAACAAACUCGAGAAGCGAAAGCACGCUGUAGCGACGGAUCGAAACGGCUCCGAGAUACGCGCUGAUGACGACGUGAAAGAGUACGGCGGAGAGAGCCGGUCUGGCAAGAUCCUUCACAUCCACCGUGCUUAUCUCUUCCUGAGAAAUACUGCUCAGAGCGAUAAUGCUGGUGUAUUUGUUACUCGCACCACCAGCGUCGCCACAGUUGCUGCUAAAGGAGGUCGAUUAAUUACAUCGGCAUCUCCAGAUCUCAACUCCAUGAAUCCAGCUCUGAAGCGGAAUCCUGGAGGGCAAACGGACAUGCCCCCACCAAAGUCGUUUGGCCGAGAUAGAUCAAUAGGCCAGACAGUCACGAUUCGAAAAGGUCCUUACAAGGGUUUACUUGGUAUUGUCAAAGAAACAACCGACACUAAUGCUCGUGUCGAACUUCACACGAAGAGCAAGACAGUAAACGUGCCCAAGGACGCUCUGGGCUUCAAGGAUCGCAUCACAGGACAGUCAAUCGACUUGAAUUCAAGGGGCGGACACGGUGGUGGUAGAGGUGGCUUUCCUCCUCGUGGUGGUGCAGGCAGAGGGGGUUUGGGUGGUGCAACCCCAGGGGGUGGUUGGGAUGGUGGCCGCACACCAAUGGCAACUGGUGGGAAUGAGCGGACGCCAGCCUGGGGUGCUGCUAGAACACCUGCUGCAGCAAAUGGUGGAAGGACCCCGGCAUGGAAGUCUGGUGGCGAUGGAGGCCGGACACCAGCUUGGGCUGAUGGGUCACGAACUGUCAACCCCUAUGAUGGAAACCGUACUGCGUAUGGCGGUGGCAAUCGUACUCCAGCUUGGUCCUCGGGAGCAAAGACCCCAGCGUACGGUCUUCAAGAUGGCUUCUCAUCCGGAUCGAAGACUCCUGGAUACGGCGGCAGCGGAGGAGAUGCUUGGGGCUCCAAGACUCCUGCAUAUCAACCUUCAACGUCGAACACGAACGACGGCUGGUCGAAUGCUCCUGCAAGCAAUAGCUGGAAUAGUGGAUUUGAUGCCCCCACUCCUGGCGCUCAUCUCUCUGCUCCAACACCUGGAGCAUUGAACGCUCCCACACCAGGCGCGUACUCAGCUCCCACACCAGGCCCUUACAACGCACCCACUCCAGCUCCGUACAGUGCUCCCACACCCGCAGCUUGGGGAGCCCCAACACCAGCUAUGGACGCCCCGACGCCAGGCUACUACUCAGCACCUACGCCAGGUGCACAUGGUGUACCAGAAACUCCAGCAGCGAAUUGGCCGGAUGACGGACCUCGCUAUGUAGACUAGGAAUAUUUGGAUCAGUUGGUGGGUGCUCGGAGCGAUCAUAUGCCUGGCUGGUUAAUGAACCUUUUUGACUGAGGAGAGAAGGGACGGAGGCCAAUGGGAGAGAAAACUCGGGAGUACUAAUUCUUUUCGCCUUUGUUGUCUUAACAGAACAGAAUGGUGGCGAAAUGUAGGAAGAAAAGUACAGAAAAGGAAAAUGGGAUACAUUUUCUCGCGGGAACCAAGGCAUGAACAAGCGCGAUGAUUUAGAAUGGCGCAAUUAGGCACUGAGCUCAAAUUUAUACCACCAUCAAUACCAACGUGUUUCUCUUCG